UUCUGCCGCGGUCUUUUCUGCAGAUUGUGGCAGGGUGAGAGCAACCUUCCCGCCGUGGAACCUUAAACACAAGCCUGCAUUGGGUCUAAAUUGGGGAAAAUUUCACAGGAUCCGGUGUGUAUUCAACGCUGGUCUUCUUCUCCCAGCGUUUCGGAGUAAUUUGCAGUCGUCAUUAUCCUGCUUUCUAGUCAUGCAGAGUGUUGGAUCGUUUUUGAGAUCAGCAUGAACCAUGGAGAGUACUGGCAUGGUGCAAAGACAAGCAAUUCAGCUGUACAGAAGUGCAGUGGCGGCAGGUUUUCGGAGUCCCUGCUUCUCUUCUUCCUCUUUCAUGGCGCUUUCUACGGUGGCCUUCACACCCAUUCAGUGCCCCCCUUUACGAAUUACGUCCCUGCGUAUCCGAAGCUCGAGCAGGCUGGUGGUCGCUCCGAUAAGCUCUACGCGCGUGCAAUUAUUUUCUAACUCUCGUAGCAUUCCUUGGAACGAAUGUUUGAGACGUGUGGAAAACACUUAUUACGUUUGGCCUAGGGUUGCUCUUGCAAAUGGGCGACAGUUUUCCGUCUGGAGACGUGACGGCUAUUCGAAAGAUGGCAAUAUAGUCGCAGGGGCUCGUAAGUCAGGGGAGGAAUCGUCAUCACUUGAGUCUGACAAUGGGGCUGGAGAGGAUGUAUCCGACGAGUCAUCCGAUGAUGACAUCAACGACGCUUCCAGUGCGGAUGCCAAUGGCAGAUCUCGGAGCGGGGCAGAGGACAAUCGGCCUCAAGAUGUCCGCAUUGUGCCUAUGGAGCUUCACAAAGAAGCAGAGGAGUCUUAUAUUGCUUACGCAAUGUCAGUUAUUGUGGGGCGUGCGCUUCCGGAUUGCCGAGAUGGCUUGAAGCCUGUGCAUCGGCGCAUUUUAUAUGCUAUGCACGAGCUCGGUCUUUCAUCCAAAAAGCCCUUCAAGAAGUGUGCUCGUGUAGUUGGAGAGGUGCUUGGUAAAUUUCAUCCGCAUGGAGAUACUGCAGUUUAUGACGCCCUCGUUCGAAUGGCACAGGAUUUUUCAUUAAGAUCCCCACUUGUCAAUGGUCAUGGUAAUUUUGGGUCUUUGGAUGGCGAUCCUGCUGCUGCCAUGCGAUACACAGAGUGCCGCCUUCAAGGACUUUCAGAAGCCAUGCUGCUUGCAGAUCUAGAGCUUGACACGGUAGAUUUUAUCCCGACUUUCGAUGGGUCACAAAACGAGCCUGCAGUUUUACCAGCUCGGCUACCCAAUGUUCUCCUUAAUGGCGCUUCUGGAAUUGCUGUUGGGAUGGCCACUAAUAUUCCACCACACAACUUAGCGGAAGUUGUGGAUGCACUUAUUGCUCUUCUUCACAAUCCCAACGCUACGGUGGAGGAGUUGAUGGAGCAUUUACCUGGUCCGGACUUCCCAACCGGUGGGCAGAUACUCGGGACGGAUGGGAUACUGGACGCCUAUCGGUUUGGUCAUGGUCGAUUGACAGUGAGAGGGAAAGCCUCAAUUGAGCAGCUGGACCGGAGGAGCAAUAGAUCUGCUGUGAUUAUCUCUGAGCUCCCAUACCAAGCAAAUAAAGCUGCUCUUGUGGAGAAGAUUGCAGAUCUCGUGAAUAACAAGACGCUUGAGGGUGUUAGUGACAUCAGAGAUGAAAGCGAUCGCUUUGGAAUGCGGAUCGUUAUUGAGGUGAAAAGAGGAGCCAUGCCCAAGGUGGUACUAAACAACUUGUACAAAUAUACUACUUUACAGACACGAUUUAGUUGCAAUAUGGUUGGAAUCAUCGGUGGCGAGCCUAAAGUCAUGGGCCUAAAGGACUUUUUAGAGACAUUUGUGGAGUUCAGAUGCUCAGUUAUCGAAAGACGCGCAAAAUUUCAGCUGAAGCGUGCUGAGGAUCGUGAUCACAUUGUUGAGGGAAUUUUGAUAGGACUUUCAAACUUGGACGGUGUCGUGAAAAUUAUUCGCAGUGCCAAGGAUACUGCACAGGCUUCCGAAGGGUUACAAAAAGGAUUCAAUGUCACUCCUGCUCAAGCUGAUGCUCUGUUAGCCAUGCCUUUAAGAAGGCUUACAAGUCUGGAGAGUGGAAAGCUGAAGGAAGAGCAUGACGCAUUGACUGCUGAAAUAACGGAUCUAAAGCAGCUCCUAGAAAGCAAGCACCGAGUUCUGCAGAUCAUCGAGAAGGAGGCGUUAGUAUUGAAAAAAGAAUAUGGAACACCACGGCGCACACUUGUUGAGCAAGGGCGUGAUGGAGAGAUCAAUGACAUAGAUGUCAUAGCGAAUGAAGAAACUAUUGUUACACUUAGCGAGAAGGGAUACAUCAAGCGCAUGGCAGCUGGGACUUUUACUGCUCAAAAUCGCGGAACUACCGGCAAAUCUGGUGGAAAAAUGAGGAGUAACGAUGCCAUGUCGGACUUCUUUGUAUGCCGCACUCAUGACUAUGUUCUAUUCUUUAGUGAAAGGGGCAUUGUAUAUUCAAUACGAGCAUAUCAAAUACCAGAAUGUUCAAGAACUUCAGCAGGAAACCCUCUUGUUCAGGUCGUGCCAGUGCCACCCGGUGAAAGAAUCACAUCUGUUCAGUCUGUGAGUGAUUUUGCGGAGGAUCAGUACUUGGUCAUGCUAACUACUGGUGGAUAUAUCAAGCGCACUGCUCUCUCCUCAUUCGCUUCUAUUCGCUCUACAGGAAUUGUCGCCAUUCAGCUGACCCCCGGUGAUGAGUUGAAGUGGGUGCGAAAUGCCGCUGAAGAAGAUACUGUUGCAUUAGCUUCUCAACGGGGCAUGGUUGUAUGCAUCGGCUGUGACGAUGACAAGUUGCGAGCAAGGGGAAGGGCGACGAGGGGUGUAAGAGCUAUGCGAUUGAGAGGAGAUGAUAAGUUGACUGCUAUGGACAUAGUACCAGCUUCCUUAGUACGCACGGGGACUAAGAAAACAGGUGCUCCAUGGCUACUCAUGGUAACUGAGGAUGGGUUUGGAAAACGCGUGCCAAUCAAAGCUUUUCCGAAGGGUGUCGCUGGCCGUGUUGGUGUAAUCGGAUGCAAGUUUCAUGAGGGUGACCUUUUGGCGUCACUCUUCGUUGUGGGGGCCAACUUGUCAGAAACGGAUGGGGAAAGCGAAGAGCAAGUGGUGGUGGGCAGCAACAAGGGCAUCCUUAAUCGACUCCGUGUCAGGGACGUCUCUAUUCAAAGUCGGACUGCUAAGGGAGUAAAACUUAUGAGGCUUGAUUCCGAUGACAAAGUAAGCUCUGUUUCAGUGUUGAUUAGCGCCGAGGAGGAAGAAAGCAUAGAAAAUCGUGAAAGUGUCGAUGUUAUAGGAGUGUAGUCUGUAUUCCAGUAGCAAUUUUUUUGAUUUACAGAUUGGCAUUGAUUUGGUCUACAAUCUCUGAUCAUGACUAUUUGCGCGGAGAAGGAUAUUGGGAAGAGAGCUGCACAUGUUGAUAUGACGGUUUGACAGUACUGGUAAAUUUCGUAUAUGCUAUACAUUUAUGAUUUAUUUUGUUAAAUUGCGGGAUUUUGUCUUCCA